AUGAAGUCCCAAGCAGCCCCAUCUAGGGAGAAGUACUCCACUGCCCGUCACUCGCUCGGCUUGUAUCGAUGCGUCUCAGUGACGUGUCGGUAUGCCGUCCCACCAGGCACCGGGCUUGAAGAACUCAAGAUGGAGCUCCGCCGAGCCAUUGCGCAAGUCAUUAUGGAGCAACCUUUUAUGCGCGUUGGCAUCGUCGAUGAAGACAAACAGGCCCCUUAUUAUGUCCAUGUUUCGCGAAUCGACCUCACAGCGCAGAUCCAGUGGUAUGGGCCGUCCCACCCAGACGCAGCAGACGCCGCCCUCUGCAAACAUCUUUCUUUCCAGCACGACCAGCUAUGGCCACACGUUGGCCAGCGCCCGCCCUGGAAGAUUGCAAUCAUUCCCAUCGAAACAAUUCAGGCUUCUCCCGUACAAAUCGAGGUCGUCUACUCGUUUCACCAUGCCAUUGGCGAUGGCACAAGCGGUUCCAUCUUCCAUAAGCGGCUACUUGACGCACUCAGCAAUCCGGUCACCGUUGCAGGGCUUGACGCCAAUCAGCUCAAUCUUCCGGAACCACCGGUACUACCUAGACCACAGGACCAACUCGUCGAUGGGCGAAUAAGUUGGUCGUACUUUCUCUGGGAGCUGUGGGAUGCCUUUGGCCCUUCAUGGCUGAAGACUAAGCCAGAGAUUGUUCCCUGGACAGCUCGCGCCAUCGACUUUUCCAUGCCUUACCAGACCAGCGUCCGAAUUCUGCGGGUUCCUGCUGCGACAGCAGCGGGGCUACUGGCGGCAUCUCGGGCUCAUUCUAUGACCCUGACACCAUUGUUGCACGCACUCGUCGCCGCCUCACUCUCUCGCCAUCUUCCCGCCUCUGAGGCAUCCUCUUUCAACCCAAGUUCGGCCAUUAGCUUGAGACGUUUUGUUCCUGCUUCCACAGGGCUCGAUGUAGACAAUCAAUUCUCGAUUCUCGUCACAUCAACGGAUCACUUGAUAUCCGAGUCGUUGACCACAAACAUGCGAAAACCCUCCGAUCAAACCCUCGAGCAAGCCAUUUGGGACGCCGCAGCUUCUGUCAGAAAAGAGCUCCGAGAUAGGCUGGUAACUUUGCCUCACGAUGAUAUCACAGCCAUGUUAAAGUAUGUCAGCGACUUUCAUGAAUUCUUCACAGUGAAGGAUGGCAGUGAGCGCGGCAACAGCUGGGAGGUCAGCAACCUAGGUGCGAUCAGUGGCGGUGCCAUCGAAGGAGGCUGGAAGUUGACCCGUGCUGUGUUCUCGCAGUCAGCCAUGACGGCAGGACCCGGCUUCGCUGUCAACGUGGCAGGCAUCGCUGGUGGAGAAGUCACCGUUACACUGACGUGGAAUGAAUCUUCUAUAGAUGCAGCUUUAAUGGAGUCGCUGGCUACAGAUCUGCAAGCAUGGACGCAACAUCUCGCAGCCGGCAUACCUCUCUAA